CCGACAAACAGCUGGGGCCUGGGGGGGGUAGAAAGGCGGCUGCAGCAGCGCUGCGUGGAGCGCCCCGAGCCACAGCAGGAGAAGGAAGAGGCAGCUUGCCGGGUCAGCGCCCAGCAGCACUGCACGGAGAGUCCCAAGCCUCUGCGACGCAGCAGUGCUCUGUAGCACUUUGAAUCCUCCUCCUCCUGCCACGGCUCGGCACCUGGAAGUGGCUGCUGCUGAAGCACAGACAAAGCACCCAGCAGCGCCGCGUGGAGGAGGAGGAGGAUUCAAAGUGCUACAGAGCACUGCUGCGUCCCAGAGGCUCGGCACUCUCCGUACGGUGCUGCCGGGCACCGACCCGACAAGCCUCCUCCUCCUCCUCUUGCCUCACCUCCUCCUCCUGCCGCGGCUCAGCCUCAUGAACGUGAGCUCAGCAGCGGCUCAGCCUCAUGAACGUGCAACUCUGAGGCUUUACGCACGUCUGCUAAAACGGACACCCACUGCCUCACGCUGCACAGGAAAUGUUUUUUGCCCCUGGGUCCCUUUGCGCUCUUUUCUGGCGUUGAAUCAAGGCGGCGACCCCCCCCUCCCUUUCUUCCUUCCUCUCUCUCGUUCUUAUUCUUUCUUUCCCUCUCCUUCCUUCCUUCUUUAUCUCUGUCUUCUCUCCGUCUUUCUUUUUCUUUCCUUCUUUAUUCCCUUCCUUCUUUCCUACUCUUCUUUCUCUCCCCUCUUUCCUUCCUCCCUCUCUCCCUCCCACUCCUUCCUUCCUUCCUUCCUUCCUUCCUUCCUUCCUUCCUUCCUUCCCAUCUUUCUUCCUCUCCCUCAUUCUUAUUCUUUCUUUCCCUCUCUACUUCCUUCCUUCUUUCUCCCUUUCCGUCUUCUCUCCCUCUUUCUUUUUCUUUCCUUCUUUAUUCCCUUCCUUCUUUCCUACUCUUCUUUCUCUCCCCUCUUUCCUUCCUUCCUCUCUCCCUCCCACUCCCUCUUUUCUUCCUUCCUUCCUUCCUUCCUUCCUUCCUUCCUUCCUUCCCUCCCUCUCCCUCUCCUCAGAAACAUAGGAUGCUGCUUUAUACUUCUGGCCCUUAAACCCUGGAACCAGGAGAGCAGCUCCAGCGAGUCAACCUCAGCCAGUCCCUUUGGUGAAGGGUGGUGGCUCACUGGCAGAACAUCUGUCCUGCAUGCAGAAGGACCCCAGCAUCUCCAGAUACAACCGGCCCUUUGAGGGUGACCAAACUGCUGAUGCGGCCCCCCGAUGAAUUUGAGUUUGACACCCCUGGUCUACGUUCUCCUGUAUCCUCAGAGGCAGGAAGUGGAUCUCAGAGCCCAGAUGAUGCUAUUAUGCUUCCAUGGGGUGCAAGCAGCACUGAGGACCCAGAUGAUGCCAGUCUCCUGCUCUCCAGCAAAGAAAGAGAAGUCAAGACUCCAGAUUCCCUGGAUGUAGCGGAGAACCCCAGUGAUGCUGCCAUGGGCGCAGAGAACGGAGGUAGAGAUGAGGAUCUAGAGAGCUGUGCAUCUCCGCGGGUAGGAAGUGGGGCUGAGAGCCUAAGUGCCCCUCUGUCUUCUAGCAAAGGAAGUGGAGCCAGCGAUGGGAACUGUGGCAAAUCUGAAGGUAUAGAAAGUGGAGUGCAAAUUCCUGCCAUCUCUGCAUCAAAGGGAGAAGAAGAGGGAGCCCAACAACUGGAUUCCUCCAAGAAAAAAAGGACGAGCGGGUUUCCCACAAGAAGGGAAAGAUUUGAGAACUCAAAAGGUGGUUUGUAUCAACAAUAAAGGGAACUCUGGAUGGGAUGAGUUGUUGCUCAGUAGGCCAAAGCCCCAGUUGUAAUAAAUUGACGACUUACCAUACAUAGCAAAAGUGAAUUUUUAGGAAAGUCACUUAAAAACAACUGGGUAUCUAAAUCUGACUCCAGUGCAGCAUAUAUUUGGUGUGCAGCUUCCGUUUCCUUGCUGUAAACCACUUUAGUACUGCAUGGUGUUUUGGGCACAGAAAUCUGGGGAGUAACAAAUAUAUACUUAUUAGCCAAAUAUAUACUUCUUAGAAGCAGAAUAAUUAUAUAUACAUGGAUGUUUAAUCUGCUACAUGUCUACUGGCUGCAGAAUCUUGGCUCAAUGCGAAAACCUGGUAUGAGUUUUCUUUUUUCUUUGAUACUACUCAGGUAUAGAUAAACCGUAUUUUUGGCUCAUAAGCCUUGUGCAGAUGAUCGGGAAGUCCCUGAUUUCUGUGCGUUCAUUAAAAAAAAACCCAGAAAAUAUGUAUACAUAGUGCCGAUUCUUGUUAUCUAGGCACUUAACAGUUUGUAUGUGCAUGAAUAUAAGGUUGGGGCCAAAAAAAGAAUGUCUUGGUUAAUGUAUCAGGGAGGGAGACAGAAGGGAACAACUCAUUCCAAAGUGAAUUCAGGAUCCGGGGGGGGGGGGCUAGGCUCACAACAACCCUGUCAAGUAGGUUAGGUUGAUGGGUUCGUUGCUGUUGUUGUUUAGUCGUUCAGUCGUGUCCGACUCUUCGUGACCCCAUGGACCAGAGCACGCCAGGCACUCCUGUUUUCCACUGCCUCCCGCAGUUUGGUCAGAAUCAUGUUCGUAGCUUCGAGAACACUGUCCAACCAUCUCGUCCUCUGUCGUCCCCUUCUCCUUGUGCCCUCCAUCUUCCCCAACAUCAGGGUCUUUUCCAGGGAGUCUUCUCUUCUCAUGAGGUGGCCAAAGUAUUGGAGCCUCAGCUUCACGAUCUGUCCUUCCAGUGAGCCGUCAGGGCUGAUUUCCUUCAUGAUGGAUAGGUUUGAUCUUCACUGGGGAUGAGGGUGGGGGGUUAAAAACCAUUUUGACUCCUGCUAAGGUUGGGAGAAAAUGGCUGCCCGCUGCAGUGAGGACCCAACAUAAGAAAGCAAUGCCUUAGUGCCUUCUUCCCAUGUGUCAGUUUUCAUUUCUUAGUACAUAUAGUAUUGAUCUGAUGGGUAGAGAUCUUUCCUAUUCUGAUUAGUUCAGGAGUGUUCUAGAAGGUUUUUUUCUACGUGGGAAAGGUUUCUGAUGUUUUGGUUAUUUCUGCUGGGAAGCUGUGUACUCAGCGCAAAAACAAUACUAUAUCGUGAUAAAUCCCUGAAACGAGAUAUUGAUAAAGUGAAUGAUAUUAAAACUAAACUAAAAAUUGUUCAAAAAAACAAAAUUAGCUUAAAUCUCCCAAAUAUUUAGGGGCUGAGGUUUUCUUAUCAAAAACUAGACAGGAACUGUAGACUCUGAAAAGAACUGAAAGCUACACCGCAGUCUGGGGCAAAAUCCCCCAAAAUAAGACUCAAGUUUUGUUUAAACUAAAGGUUAGCUAAUCCUAUGAGACAGUUCAAAUAAUGAAUAUCAUAGCUAUUUGAAAAAAGGUUAGGUAAAAGGCUGUAAAAGCUCUCCUAGUUGUGAUGUUAUAAUGCUAUUGCUAAGACUGCUGAAGGGUGUUUCUGAUUGCCGGCUUAUAUACUGAGAAGCUGUGUACAGCUGGAUUAUGUUAGGAUUUCAUAGUAGAUUCUGUUCCACCUUAAACAGGAACAGGCUUGGAAGAGGAUGUUGACUGUGUCACAUGAUGUAUAUUUCCGUUUGUUGUACUAUUGUAAUGUCAGUUGCUUUCGCUUUGCUGAUGGAGACAGACACAUUUGGUCUUGCUUCCGAGAUGCUUUAGAAUAAACGCUUGUAUAUAUGCAAGAACUUCUCUGACUUUUCUCUGAUGCUGCUGAUGCUGCCAAACCACGCUAACGCUGGAGAUGAGCUCUGCAGAUAACGUGUCCAGACUCCAAGGAGCCUGGAUCGUGUUACAGCUGGCUACCGCAGGAGAGAAGACACCCGGCAGAGGCUUACCAGGGGGCUUGGUGGCCCAGGUCUUCUGCGGUUAUGCCAACAAAGGGUUCCGGGCCCAGUAAUGGAAUGGCUAAUCGCCUAGAAGGUCGCAGAACUGGCUGGUGUUCUGACCCAGGCAGUAGAAAGGCAGCAGCGUUUUCCGAAUGCAGCUACAGGAUGCUGGUAACGUCGGACAAAGAGGAGAGAAGGUAUGUAAAAGCUGGAGCUUUUACAAGCAUGCCGCAGCAGGCACGCAAGCAAGAGACUUUGAUCUGCGCAGCCUGAAGUUUUAUGGCGGGCAGUAAAACUUUCACAGUGAUUAAUGACUGUGAGGACAGUGGACAGUGAGGAGCUGCAGCAUUUUCCCGGUUAGUAAGAGAGAAGGGAAAAUGGAGUUUUUGCACAGCUCUGCCUCUGAACAGAUAAUUUUCCUUCAAGGAGAAAAUUAUCAGAAAUGGGCAAAGUGUACACAGAAGAGGCUGCAGGAUGCAGGAGUGUGGUACACAAUUGCCGCCAAGAGGGGGAGGGAUAAUUCCCCAGACCAAUUCCCCAGCUGGAAGUCAGAUGAUUCUUUUGCGAGAGGAAUGAUUAUCCUAAGUUUGUGUCCGGGACCAUUGAUUUACGUCGGUGCAUGCAAUUCGGCUUGCGAGAUGUGGGAAUCGUUGAAGCUAGCUCUUGGAGGGGGAGGAAGCUGUGAUGGCGAUUCCCCAAAUGAUUGCUGGAGUGCUGGGGCACCCGGUUGCAAACCACAGGAAGAGCUGGCUGUGAUGUCAGACCUGGUGGGGGUGCAGUCUCCAGUGAAUGCAAGAGCUGAGGGCGCCACUUGGGAAUUGCAACAGGAGCUGGCUGUCAUGUCAGACCUGGAACAAGUGGCUGCACAGAGUGCUUCAAUGGAAAUGGCUGAGGGCGCCAGUUGCAAAUCUCAGGGAGAGAUGGCGUCAUCAUCCCACACAGCCGUGCAGUCCCGUGGGAACCAAGGUCAGUCUUCAAAGUCUUUCCAGAAGCCGAGACGUAAACACAAGCCUGCAGGUGCAGCUUUGUCGCGAAGGAGGGGCAAGGAGAUGCCCACAAAAGUGAAGCUUGUAGACAAGGCCCAGCCGAAGGGGGGAGAAUUGCAGCCCACAACAGUGUCACAAGGCAAGGAGAAGGGGGGCGGCCAGGAGCAGAAGCCCACACAGCAGCAAAACGGGACUUUGCUGGCUCGAAAAGUUCAACGCAAGUUUGUUGUCAGUUCCACAGUUCAGAAGCACAUUUGCAGUGACAGAAGUUUGUUUGCUUGCUUUUCUUCACAGGAUGGUUUCGUGAAGUCUAGUGAAGGACUUUUAAGUGUGCAAGGAACUGGACAUGUUUACUUAGGAGGACUGAACUUGACACUAUGUGAUGUUUUGUAUGUGCAAGAUGCACAAAAUAAUUUGCUUUCCAUUUCACAGAUGUCUGAAGAAGGGUAUGGAAUUUCUUUUGAAAAUGGAAGCUGUCUCAUCAAGAAAGGCGAUGAGGAAUUUCUGAAUGCUCCAAGAGUUGAUAAUCAAUAUGUGUUUACUUUUGAUUAUGUUGAUUAAAAUGUGGUUGAUAUGCCUGAAGUUGCCUGUGAUGCUAACACUAAUCAGCUUCUUCUUACAGGUGGUUUUGAUCACACCAAUGGUCACCUGGGUUUGCAGGAGGUGUCCAAGGAGGAGAAUAGAGAGGGUUUAAAGGUUCAACCCUGUGAUUCUUUUGCAGAAUGCAAUAAUGUAAUUGCUGAUGAUGGGAAGCUGUCUAGCAGACAGACUUCCACACCCUGUGAAGUGAUUCAUAUUGAUCUAGCUGAUCAAAUGACACUUUCAGUGGAUGAGGUUGCAAAUGACCAAGAUGGUCAACUGACUCCCUCAGAGAGUGAGGAAAGGUACACCAGGAGUGAUGAUGGUGCCAAUCCCAUUGGAGUGAAAUGCUCCGGUCCCAGUGAAGGUGAAUUCACUUCUCAGGAGCUAGAUGCUUUCCUGGAUGAGAAGUGAAUUCAAAAGGAUCUCUCACGUCCCAAAAGUUCUUGGGAGGGUGGUUUGUGUGAGGGAGCUGGGAAUUCUGGAGAAUUAAUGCAGCAGGGACUUACACCCUUGUUGCACAGUGCCAAUCCAGAGAACGUGCAAAUGGGAGGUAUUUCCAUGGUUCACCCAGAUGGUGAUGUCAAUCCCAAGGGGGUGGUAAAGGAGGAAUUUUCCCUGGUUCACCUAGGUGGUGCUACCAAUCCCAAGUGGGAGGAAGGUGGGGGAAUUUUCCUGGUUCAUGCAAAUGAUGUGAUUCACCCAAGUGGUGGUGUAAUUCAUCAAGGUGAGAAUGGUGCAGCACAAGCUGCAGAUGAUGAUCAGGAUGGUUCUAAUUCAGUGGGAGGUAGUGGUACUGCUGUGGCUGGUGAUGCAGCAGGCUACGAAGGUGUUGAAACCUCACUCAGACCUGCAGUUGACUCUGACACUGAAUUGGUAGAAUCACUGCUCACCAUUGGUCAUUUUUCUCCAGAGAAAGAGGACAUGAGUGUUUGCAAAUCUGAAGAGGCCACAACAGGCAAACAGCCUGAGAGAUUUGCUGAUGAGUUUGCUAAGACUGCUGUUGCUGUUCUUAGAAGCUCAGAAAAGGUUUUUGAACCUGCAAGCUUCAAGGAGGUUCAGGAAAUGACCUCAAAAGAUGCUCAACCAUGGCUAGCUGCCAUGAAAGCAGAGAUUGAUUCCUUAGAUAGGAAUCAGACCUGGGAACUGGUUAAAAUGGUCCCAGGAAUGAAGCUGGUAGAUAGCAGGUGGGUCUUUAAGGCCGAAACUGACCAACAUGGCAAGGUAACGAGGCACACAGCCAAACUGGUCACAACAGGGUUUUCACAGGUUCAAGGUGAAAACAACAUUGAGACUAUUGCACCAAAUGUGAAGUAUGAGAGCUUAAGGCUUUUGCUCAAGAUUACUUCACAAGAGAAAAUGCACGUAUCACAUUUUGUAUUGGAUGCUAAUGAUGCAAAUGUUUCGACUGGGAUUUUGCAGGAGGAUCUGUUUUUACUUCCACCUGCAGGAGGAAGUAAAAUUCAGUACAUGGUGAGUUUGAACAAAGUAUUUUUCAUCAGUUUCCUUUUCUGAGAUCCAGUGGUGAAGGAACCCUCUCCAGCACCCGGGGUGGGACUCCGAGGGGCGGGGCGAACUGCCCAGUGACGCAUGCGUGAUGUCUGUACGGACUGCGCAUGUGUGGCAUCCCUACGGAGUGUGCACGCGCAGCAGCCUGUACGGUCGCCAUGUGAGAGGCAUCCUGUAUGGAUGCCGUGCAAGCGGCACCCAUACUGACUGCAUGCGCCCUCGGCCACUCUACAGCUGGGGGAGGCAGGGGCCAUCUUGUCACUCCCCCGAGUGGAACCCGGGGAACUCCGCCCUCCACUUCGUACGCCCUUGCUGAGAUCCUCAGGGAAGAGCAAUGCCUUGCUGUGUGUUUUCCCAAAUACGAUCUAUGAAAUGGUGGAGCAGCACCUCUUAAGUAAUUCCUUUUUGCAAUUCUUCAGUGGUUCAGUGAACAAAGCACAAAGUAUUUGCUCAGCUUAACUGUUAUGUUCUGUAUACUCAAUGUUCAUUGGUCUGUGUUUUGUUUGGAGCAGGAUUACCCCUUUAGUUCUUAAUAAAACUAUUUUGUUUCUCUCUCUCAUUUCUCUCUCUUGUAACCCUGUUUGGGCUACCUAGCCUUUGCAUUCACUAGUUGAGUUUGCUAUUAGACAAGAGAGAUCAUUUGGCAAGUGGAAUCCCAUGGAUAUUAGUAAUCAGUAAUAUCUUCAUUUUACAUUUUUGUUUUAACUACAUGUCCCAAAGGCAGAUGAAUUGGGGGGGGGGGGACUUUCUCACCACCCCAGCUCCAGCAGGGGAGUUAGGAAACAGCAGUGGUUAGUGUAUUCUGGUGCCGAGUAAACUGGCAAAAAUGAAUAAUUCAUGCAGCAAUAAAUGCUGGAGAUGCAAUGGUGGGCAUGUCCCAUAAGUAAAAAAUUCUGGGAAUUAAUUCAUGAAGAGAU